AUGGACAGUGCCGUUGUCGCCUCGGGCCUGUCCGUCCUCAACCCGUCACCCGCGAGGGUAUCUGGACCGGCAUUACUUCACCAUCUUGUACGGGACGCUUGCGAGGACAUUGCACUGGAGCAUCUUUGCCAAGGCGAGAUCACAAAGCUCACUUACAAGUCGCUUCAUCAAGCGUCAGAUGCACUGGCGGCUCAGAUUGCCCUGUCCUGCGAUCCUGCGCAAGGCCAACUUAUUGUACCGGUUCUUCUACAGCAGUCUCCGGACUUGUAUAUCACGCUGCUAGCUAUUCUCAAAGCAGGAGCUGUUGGUCAGCAGCAUGAGGCCAUCGCGCGGCAACCCGUGCCUGAAAGCCACGCAUACGUAAUGUACACAUCGGGUUCGACUGGCACGCCCAAAGGUGUCUUGAUAUCCCACUCUGCAGCCACCCAAGCCGUUCUCGCUCACGACCCUCACAUCCCACGCUUCUCAAGGUUUUUUCAGUUCGCGGCGCCAACCUUUGACGUCUCCGUCUUUGAGAUCUUCUUCCCACUCUUUCGCGGCGAGACGCUUGUCAGUGCCAGCCGGAAAGAGACGCUGAAUGAUCUCCCAGCGGUACUGCGACAAAUGAAUGUGGACGCCUGUGAGCUGACGCCGACGGUGGCCGCGAGUUUGCUGCGAAAGAGAGAGAAUUCACCACAGCUAAAGCUCCUGAUGACGAUCGGAGAGAUGUUGAAUCCACUGGUUGUGAAAGAGUUUGGUGGCACCGCUGACAGGAGGAGUAUUCUGUGGGCGAUGUAUGGACCGACAGAGGCAACAAUUCACUGCACAUUACAAGGAGACUUCCAGUCGGAGUCAUCUACUGGAAAUAUCGGAACGCCGCUGGAAACGGCGUCCUGCUUCGUUAUCAAGCCAGCAACUGACGAAUACGAUUUAUCAAAUUUUGAACUACUCCCGAUUGGUCAGGUUGGCGAGCUUGCAGUUGGCGGGCACCAACUUGCAACUGGCUACCUGAACGACGAGCGGAAAACGAAUAAUGCCUUUAUUGCUUCGCCGUAUGGGCGCGUGUAUCGCACCGGCGACAAGGCCAAAGUUAAUACAGAUGGAACGCUUGAAUGCUUGGGGCGCAUCUCGGAUGGACAGGUCAAGCUACGCGGCCAGCGUAUCGAACUCGGAGAGAUUGAGCAUGCGGCACUAAGAACGAGCGGAUGUCACGGCGCCACCGCGAGGGUGAUUGGCGCGAUACUGGUGUUAUUUUGCGCAGUCGACGCCUCCGUUUCUGAGAACGAUAUUUUCGAAAGCUGUGAGCAGUGGCUGCCGCAGUUCAUGCGACCCGGCGAGGUUGUGCUCUCGGAGGAGCUGCCGAGAUUACCCAGCGGCAAAGUCAACGCGAAGGAGCUACAACGACAAUUUGAGCAAUCAAGGACCCAAAAUGGCGGAUCUGACGAUUUUAGAAAUUCUACAGAGCCGGGGCUACUACAUGUGCUGGAAGAAUACUUUGGGUCGCAGCUGAGUCUCCAGACCGAAUUGGCUCGGGCCGGUCUCGACUCCCUGACGGCGAUUGGACUGUCCUCCAGCUUACGGCAGGCGGGUUACGAUACCCAAGCCGCGUCUCUGCUAAAGAUGAAGAAUAUGGGGCACCUUAUUUCUUCAAUCACAAAGAUUGACGCGGCUGCAGAGGAUGCCGAGAAAGCUCGAGCAUCAGUUAGCUGCCUUGGGAAGCUGACUGAGAUUCAGUCUCAGUCUGAAGAACUCGAGCUCGAGAUGGCCCACCGCAAAGUCCAAGAUAUUGUUCCUUGCUCAGAUUUGCAGAUUGCAAUGCUCUCCGAAACGAUACGCAGCUGCGAGGCGUACUGGAACGCGGUGGAUCUUGAACUGUCCACAACAGCGUCUGCUGAGGAUGUCUGUCAGUCGCUGGGCGCCGUCGUUCAACAAAACGAGAUUCUCCGAACAGGAUUUGUGCAACAUGAGUCUACAAUCCUAUCUGUGAUCUUUGAUGUGAUACAUGCUGAGAGCAUCGGAAUUACAGAAGGAACUGGGCUAACAACACUGGACGAGGCCAACUUCAAUCUGCUGCGCCCGUUGCAGAUUCGCAUCAGGAAAGUGGCAGCGGACAAUUUGUACAACAUCCAAAUACGUUUGCACCACGCAAUUUUUGACGGAUGGUCUCUUGACCUCUUCAAAUCCGAUCUUGCGAAGGCUAUUGGUAACGAAAGAUUGCCAUUGCGGGCUCAAUUUCGGGACGUUCUCGCAUUUUCCAUGUCGUCGCAACGUGAACAAUAUGACGACAAGGCCAGGGUAUUUUGGGCCGACUACCUCUUUGGAUGGAACAAGCCUCCAUUCCCUAGACUUCUUUCUAGGUCGGUGCCCCGCGGGAAGAUUCAGUCCACGACUUAUCGACAUUCGCUUCCGGGCUUGCCCAACCAUGCGUACAAUGGGAGCGCCCAGGUGCCCUUUCAGGCCGCCCUUGCGCUGGUAUGGGGAGGUAUCCUGGGUCUGCAGGACGUCGUGAUAGGAUCUGUGACUUCUGGUCGAACCAUUCCAGUAAAAGGCGUCGAAAACAUCAUGGGGCCUUGCAUCAGUUCAUUACCCCUCCGCGUCAAUAUGGAGCGCAUGACUACCGUCGAUGAUCUCGUCAACAGCAUAUCAUCAAGCAAUCGGCACAUGAUGGAGCAUUCUACACUGUCGCAACUCGCCGUCAAGAAGAUUGCCAACAUGUACGGGGCCGAACAUUUAUAUGAUAUACUUUUUGUCUACCAAGAGUCUCCUGAGCAGCGAAAGCACACCACCAGCGUGGUCAGGGAGAUUGCGCAUUUAGACAGAUUGGAGACCAAGUUGGUUCUCGAAGUACAGCCAAUUCAAGGCUCUGUCAUACUGCAGGCGACUUUCCACGAUGACUACUUCCCGCCCGAUAUGGUAGACAAGCUACUAAGCCAGGUUGCCGAAAUAGCUGCGGCCAUCGUUGAGAACACACACUCGUCCUUGGUGUCAAUACGCUCAUCAAAGUCGGACCCUUCGGCUUAUAAUACGAGAUUGGAGAAGAUGGACCCCAAUGCGCAGCCAGACAACCUUGCUGCUAUUGUGGACGAAGCUGCCGCGCAUUAUGGUGAUCGCUUGGCGGUGUCUUUUGCCACCGAAAUAUCGGCUGGUUCCUCAGAGACGACAUCCAUCACAUAUCGAGACCUCAACCACAAUGCGAAUCGCAUUGCCAACUUCCUCUUAACUCAAAAUGUUAAAGCCGGCGACGUCAUACCCAUCAUCAUGAACAAAUCCAUCGGCCUCUAUACCGCGAUCCUGGGCAUUUUAAAAGCAGGAUGCGGCUACCUACCGCUGCUACCGUCCACACCGAAUGCACGCAUAUUGGAGAUCUUUAAACAGUCGAAAUCUCGCAUCUGCCUUACUGAUGAGGAUUCUUGGAGGGACAUUCCUCCUUCAAUCUCUGUCUGCAUAAUCAUCAUCGACGAGGAGUCGAUGGAAGAGUACCCUUUCGACAACCCACCCGUCAAUAUCGACAGUAGUAACGCAGCAUACGUCAUUUACACAUCUGGAACAACAGGGACACCAAAAGGCGUCACUCUCAGCCACAAAAAUAUUGCCAGCAACGUGACAUACCUCGGAGUCGAGUACCCGGACGCCGCCAAGGGACCUUCAAAAUUCCUGCAAGCUUGCUCCCAAGCCUUUGAUGUCUCAGUUUUUGAGAUUUUCUUUGCAUGGCACAAGGGCAUGUGUCUCUGCGCUGCGAUAAAUGAUGUGCUAUUUACGGAUAUCGAAGAGGCUAUUCGGACGUUUGGAGUCACCCACCUGAGUUUAACACCAACCAUAGCAUCGCUCAUUGAUCCAGCCAAUGUCCCCAGCGUCGAGUUCCUAGUGACUGCUGGCGAACCCAUGACAAAUGCUGUCAGUGAGCGAUGGAACGAAUUUUUAUGGCAAGGCUAUGGCCCUUCGGAAACAACAAAUAUCUGCUCUGUCAAGAAAAUGUCACCGGAUGACUACAUCGAGCAUCUCGGACUGGUGUUUGACAACACAUCUGUUGUCGUUCUGGAACCCAAGGGCCUGUCAACUCUCGCUAUUGGCUGGGCAGGUGAAUUCUGCUUUGGUGGCGAUCAAGUUGCGACCGGAUAUCUCAAUAUGCCACGCCUGACGGCUGAAAAGUUCAUUACGCAUCCGUACUACGGCAGACUCUAUCGGUCGGGCGACUUUGGCCGCAUGCUUCCGGAUGGAUCCCUGGUCAUUCUGGGCCGCAUCGAUGAUCAGGUGAAGCUACGCGGUCAGCGCAUAGAAGCUGCAGAAAUAAACGGCAUCGUUUCCAGAGUCUCUUCCGCAACAGCGGCUGUCACACUUGUCCUGAAGCAGAAGGACUCCCUGCGUGAACUGCUGGUGACUUUUUACGUCCAAAACAAGGUUGCGGAAGAGUUCUGCGUCUUGGAUGCAAAGGCAGACACGCAAGACCAAGUAUUUUCAGAGCUGCAUACCAACCUUCUUUCGUACAUGGUUCCGAGCUACUUGAUCCCUGUCUCGCGCAUUCCUCUCACCCCGAGCGGCAAAGUCGACAAGAGAGCGAUCAAUGCCGUGUUCGCGCAGCUAUCAAACGACUACCUGGAGACAGUUGCGCAUAAUAUAUCCAAGGGAGACGAUGAGGUCUGGAACGAUACUGAGCUGGCUAUUGCCUCGCUCAUGGCCAGCUCGCUCAAGGUCUCCUGCAGCGACAUUGGUAGAUGGACGCCACUUGCAAUUCUGGGAUUGGACUCGCUCACGGCCAUUCAAGUUUGCAAAAGCUUGACCAAGAAAUUCAAAACGCCCGUCUCGAUUUCGUCUGUAUUGCAGAACCCGACUGUCGCCCAGCUUGCCCGGAAAUUGCAUUCUAGCAGUGAAACAAGGAACGGCGUUGCGGGCACCGGCGAAUAUUUUGAUGCCAACUUCCAACAAUCUGUUACAGCCAAGCUUGCAAAACAAAGCAAGGAAGCCGUUGAGAUUCUUCCAUGCUCCCCGCUGCAAGAGGCCAUGGUCUCUCGAGGAAAGGCAAAUUAUUACAAUAAGUCGCUGUUGCGUCUUCGAGUCGACCCCUACAAAAUGAGAAGUUACUGGCAGCAAAUGUGUGACCGCCACAGCAUUUUGCGCACUGUCUUCUUGUCUACUAAUAGCUCAAAAUACCCGAUUGCGCAGGUCUCGCUUGCGAAAUGGGAGUUGCCCUGGCAUAGAUUCACCGUGACGCAGCCAUCUCUCGAGGAUGCUAUUCGGGACCACCUUGCUCUGGUCCCGGAGCCGCUGGACACCAACUCCCCUCCUCUGUCAUUGGCGGUGAUUCGAUAUGGAGAGACUGGGUUUUUGUCAUUUAUUUGCCAUCAUGCGCUGUAUGACGGUGUUGCGAUGGAGUGUAUAUGGCGCGAGGUCGAGGCCCUCGCCCGCGGCGAGCAGCUGAAGCCCCCAAUCUCCCAAGUCCCCUUCGUUAACGAGAUGCUGAAGCUACCAAGUACAAGCGAAACAUUUUGGAAGCAUCAAUUUGCUCACUUUCAGCCCUCGUUGAUGUUUCGCAAGCCCCAUGGCCAGUCGGUUCAGCAAGUCACGCACACGAUUACGAUUGAGAGAUCACUUCAGAAAGCGCAGCAACAAAUAAAGUCGCUGGGAAUCUCUCUCCUUUCUCUAUGCCAGGCUACUAUGGCGAGAGUGCUGGCUAUCACAAGUCAAAAAACUGAUGUAUGCUUUGGCAACGUCAUGAACGGACGGACAAUCGGCAUCGAAGGAAUCGAGCGUCUGGUAGCGCCUUGCUUUAACACUGUUCCUAUUCGCCAGGAUAUGCCUGAGUCGCUUUCAAACAUUGAACUAGCCAAGAAUUUGCUGACUCUAAAUACGAGCAUGCUGGAGCACCAAUUCACGCCGCUGCGCCAAGUCCAGAAGAUUGCUGCAACGGAGUCCAGGACCUUGUUCGAUACCCUUCUUCUCGUCCAGCAGCCCCUUCGAGAAAUGGACGUCAAUGUUUGGACGCUGGAAGAAGACGCGGGGGUCAUGGAUCUACCGCUUGUCUGCGAAGUCACUCCUUGCCCGAAUCUCAACACGCUGGUGCUCGACGUCCAUUACGACAUGUCUGCAGUGCCAUUCACGUUGGCCGCUGGCAUUGCGGAACUGUUCAAGCAUGUACUCUCGCAGAUCCUAGAAUAUCCGCAUGCAGUAUUGGAUAGAAAAAGCAUUCCUGAGACACUGCUUGACCAAGUGCGCCCCCAACGACCUUUUUUCUUUGAAGAGGAAGAAGAGGGACACGACAAGGACGACAGUGACUCUGCCUGGACUGACGAGGAACUUGCCGUUAGGGGUGUUUUGGCUGAACUAUCUCAAACACCCGCCAAUCGAGUCGAGAAAGCCACAAGUUUAUUCAAGCUCGGCCUCGACAGUAUCAAUGCUGUUCAGGUGGCGGCACUUCUGCGUCAGAAGGACUAUUCGGUUUCUGCGUCGGAUAUCAUUGACUGCCAGAACUGCUUGAAAAUCGCAAAAAUCAUUCUAGAAAACGGCUCUCAACCAAAGAUGAAGCAAACGAUGUUCGACUUCUCCGCAUUCGAUGCCGAGGUGCGCCCUGCGCUGAGCAUCGAGGGAGACGGGAUUCAAGUCUUCCCCUGCACCUCUAUGCAGUCCGCCAUGCUGUCUGCUUAUGUUUCGUCCGGCGGAGUGCAUUAUCUGAACGAAAUAAUUCUCGAGAUGAACAAGAGAAUUAAUGCUGAGUUGAUAGUGGCCAAGUGGACACAAUUGGUCGCGGACCAUUCAAUGCUGAGGACGGGAUUUGCUCCCGUUCGGCAUGCGGAUUCUGCAUACGCCAUGCUUCAAUACGAGAGUAUUCAGAGCCGAGAUCUUCUAAUUACUGGAACUGGCGCAUUCGAUUCUCGAUCUUGGAAAGAGAAUGCAACAGCUGGAAUAUUGGCCAAGUUGAGUCAGCCCCCAUGGAGAUUGGCUAUCGCGACCGUGGAUGAUGUAGUCACUGUUCACUUGAUCAUCCACCACGCCCUCUAUGACGCAACCUCGCUGCAAGAACUAUUGUCGAAUUUUGGAAGACUUUUGAAUGACCAAGAAGCCCAUCCCGUACAAGAUGUUUCUGCCGGCCUCUCUAUGGUGCUGCAACGGAGCACAGGAGAACAGGAAAACGCCGCUGCCUUCUGGCGUCAAGUCGGGGAGCAAGCAACCAUUAAUCGCUUCCCGCUUCUCACACCAUUGAGAGAAAAUACGAGAGAUAUCCUGGUUGAGGAAAUUGCCUCUACACUUACGAGCUCUGACUUGCAUCAAAUGACAAAGAGCUUGGGAAUAUCCGCACAGGCGGCCAUUUUAGCUUCCUGGACAAGGCUUCUCGCGGGCUAUACUGGAGAAGAGGCCGUCGUUUUUGGUGUGACGUUCUCGGGCAGGACAUGUGAAGCAACACUUAAUACCCCCAUCCCCUGUCUGGCGACUGUGCCAGUUGUUGCUCAAAAUGUUGGGUCGAACAAGGAACUUUUGGAUCAGACGAUGCGCUCAGUCUCGGAUAUUCACAAGUACCAGCACCUUCCUCUGAGUCGCAUUCAGAAGGAAAUGGGCUAUCCCGCAACACCAGUCUUCGACACUCUGAUCGCAUACCAGAAGAUUGAAAGUGAAACGGGUGAUUGUCUGUGGGUUCAAAAGCAAGAUGACGCAGCUGCUGAAUUUCCCGUGUCGCUGGAAGUCGAGCCCACCCAUGAUGGUGGCCUCUGCUUGCGCCUGACGUACUUCAGUGACGUUUUGCCGGCAAACCAAGCCAAGAUGCUGCUGCGACAGUUCGACGCCACGAUGGAAGAUCUUCUCGUGAAUCCUGAUGGCCAUCAGCAUGAUCUGCACAAGCAUCAGCCCGACAUCUUUGCCAUUUCCCCGCCCCUGGAGCCCACCAUGAAAGCGCCAGUUGAGAUGCUGCACCAGUUUGUAGAAAUUCAGGCGCAGGCCAACCCGAACAAGAUUGCACUGGAACAUGUGAGCGGAUUCCGAGGCAAAGAGCCGAUUCGCGAACAGUGGACGUUUGCUCAACUUGAUGCCAUUGGAAACACAGUUGCGAAUAUGUUGUCAAGCCAUACCGAGGCUGGUAGCAUCAUUGCCAUUCAUUUUGACAAGUGCCCCCAAGCCUACUUUGCAAUCCUGGGCAUCCUCAAGUCUGGCUCCGCGUUUGUAGCACUCGACUUCAACGCACCCAGUGCUCGAAAAGAAUUCAUUCUGCAAGACUCCAACGCCCCUUGUCUUCUCACCAGCGAGGAUAGCGUCAUCAACUUUGAGGUGCCUUGCCCUGUCAUUGUGAUUGACGACGCUCUUCUCGGAGACUACCCGGAAACGCCGUGCGAGAUCAAUGGAAGUCUCACUCCUAGUAGCACCUGCUACUGCUUAUAUACCUCAGGAACCACUGGCACACCGAAGGGAUGCGAAAUCACGCACGAGAACACUGUCCAAUGCAUGAUGGCCUUCCAAGAUCUCUUCCGGGGUCACUGGGCGGACGACUCUCGAUGGCUUCAAUUUGCGGCCUUGCAUUUCGACGUAUCGGUGCUCGAACAGUACUGGAGCUGGUCUGUCGGGAUUACAGUCGUUUCGGCGAAGAAGGAUUUAAUCCUGGAUGAUCUCAUUGGCUUCAUCAACAAUGCCGACAUUACCCACAUUGACCUGACGCCAAGCCUGGCCAGACUCACCCAUCCCGAUACAGUCCCCUGUCUCUGCCGUGGCGUCUUCAUCACUGGUGGUGAGCAGCUGAAGCAAGAAAUAUUAGAUGCUUGGGGAUCCAAGGCCGUCAUCUACAACGCAUACGGUCCGACGGAAGCGACGAUUGGCGUCACCACCUACCAGCGCGUACCGCAGAACGGCCGGCCUAGCAAUAUCGGCAGACAAUUUAAAAAUGUCGGUUCAUACGUCUUCCACAAGGAUACUGAGAUCCCUGUUCUUCGAGGCGCUAUCGGAGAGCUCUGUGUCAGCGGCAAGCUUGUGGGCAAAGGCUACCUGAAUCGACCGGACUUGACGGCUGAGAAGUUUCCGACUCUCGACGUCUUUGGUGAGAGAAUCUACCGGACCGGUGACUUGGUUCGCAUCCUCCACGACGGGUGCUUUGAGUUCCUUGGCCGUGCUGAUGAUCAGGUGAAGCUUCGCGGCCAGAGGCUGGAGCUUGGUGAGAUUGACCACGUUAUUCGUUCCGUUGAGAAUAUCCGGGACGUGACUACCCUCGUCACGAAGCAUAGAUUCAGUGGAAAGGACGUACUUGUCUCUUUUAUUGUUGUUGAAGACCAAGCCCACGACAUGCCACUUGCUGUCCUCGAAGACAGUACCGGUGUUGGCGCAGACGCGAGAACUAUGUGCAGGAACAAACUCCCUGGAUACAUGGUCCCUUCUUACUUCCUGAAGCUUCCGCUCAUCCCACUCUCGCCAAACAACAAAGCAGAAGCCAAGCAGCUCAAGAAACUCUUUUCUGAGUUGUCACAAGAAGCGCUGGUCAAAUUUGGCUCGGCUACCGCGAAGCGCAACCUGGCCAAGGACAGCCCAAGCUAUCAGAAGCUCAUUUCCCUGCUCGCGCAGUUUUGCAGUCUGGACGCCUCUGUCAUUGACGAUUCAACAAGCAUUUUUGACCUUGGCGUCGACUCGAUAACGGCUCUGUCACUGUCCGCCUUCUUCGUGGAGCAAGGACUGUCCACAGCCUCACCAGCGCUGAUCCUCCGCAACCCCUUCGUGCUUGAUCUCGCCGUCGCGCUAUCAAGAAACGCCUCCCCUGACACCUUGGCGGAGGUGAAGCGGACUAGGCAAAAAUUACAGGCUUUUGAACAUAAGAAUAGAGCCCGUGUCUGCAGAGAAUUGGAUGCGCUGCCGUCGGCUAUCGAGUACAUCUAUCCGUGCUCUCCGCUUCAGCAGGGUAUGCUCGCCAAGACUGCACUUGAGGAUGGCGAGGGUGCAUACUUUAAUGUCUUCAAGUUUUAUUUGAGACCCGAUGCCGUCGUUGAGACCGCGCGCGCUGCCUUCGGCACCCUCUUUGAACAGGAAUCGAUUCUUCGGACAACAUUCUUGCACACUCCCGAUGGAUAUGUCCAAGUCGCCCGCCGUGACAUCGGUCUAUUUUGGGAAGAACGAACCCUUGCUGAAGAUGAGAAUGUGGAUCAGGUCAUUAAGUCUCUGAGAGCCAGUUGGAUAAGCGACAACAGUGAGCGCAUGCACACGCCUGUCAAGGUCACUCUCGUCACGGGCCCGGACACGAGAAUGAUAGUGCUGCACAUUUUCCACGGCUUGUACGAUGGGACAAGCUUCGAACUGAUGACGAACAGGCUCGUAGAUUUCUAUAAAAAUGUCGAAGUCGAAGCAGACCGCUCAUUUGCAGAUACUCUCCUCCAUGGACCACUGAGGAAUCACGAUAAUGCAAAACAAGCCUGGCUGAGGCAUCUUGAAGGCUGGUCUACCUCACCACAAUCUCUUCCCCGCGAGGCGAAAAGCGCUGUUCCGAUAGCCCAGAUGCGAGUGUUGAGCUUACCAAGACUUGAAAAGCUUCGAUCGACCAACAAUGUUACCAUGCAGUCCCUUCUAAUCGCUCUCUGGGUGUCGACUCUGCAAAAGUACAGCCGAGGCAAUGUUACGACUGGCGUCAUCGUCUCAGGCCGGUCAAUUGCACUACCAGGUGUGGACAAGACUAUUGGGCCGCUGUUCAAUACGCUUCCAUUUUUUGCCAACAUCUCAUCCGCAUCUACUUGGCGCGCUCUUCUUCAGCGGUGCCAAGAUUUCAACGGAAUGGUGCUCGAUGAUCCUCAUGUGCCCCUGCAGCAGCUGCAAAAGUGGAAGGCGAACGGCAAAUCACUUUUUGACAGCCUGUUUUCCUAUCAAAUAGAGGGUCAAGUCAGGCAGAAAGAUGACGUGCCGUGGGUUGUCGAGGAUGGUGGUCUGAAUCCCGACUUUCCCUUGGCGUUGGAGGUGACGAAACGCCGCGAUGGCACUAUGCGGCUCCUCUUGGUCGCAAAGAGUGGCUUGGCAGAUGAAUUGGCGCUGGACAAAAUGCUUGAUGAAUUCGAGGACAUGCUCACCAGUAUGGAAGAGGGUGCGAAAAUUCCGGUUCAGGUUGAAUCUAGCCAGUUGGAUGCAGGAAAGGCAGACCAAGUGAACGGCAUCAGUGUGGAUGACAAGGAAACCUGGAGCCCGAAUGCCGAGGCUUUGCGACAGGAAAUUGCACUUCUGUCCAGUAUCUCCGCUGCUGAUGUUGCACCCUCUACCACCUGGCUUGAGUUGGGUCUGGACAGCAUUGAUGCGGUUCAGCUCUCUGCUCGCCUCAAGAGACACAACAUGAUGAUAACUCCCUCUGCCAUCAUGAAGGGGCGUUCAAUGGCAUCUUUGGCAAAAUCAAUAAGGCUAAUGGAGAACGGUCAUGAGUCGAAUGAAGUACGCGGUCUGCGAGACAUCAAGUCCCAGCUCCGCCAUUACGUCGAGGCCACCGGGCUUGACAUGACCGAAGUUGAUGAUAUCCUCCCAACAACGCCAUUACAGGACGCAAUGGUUUCUGGCAUGGUCGAGUCAGACUUCUCUUGGUACUUCAAUCAUGAAAUCCUCCAAGUUGCACCUGGCAUCGAUGUCUCUAAGCUCCAGGCUGCAUGGUCUAGGCUGUUCGAAACGACCCCGAUCCUGCGAACGGGCUUCGUGGAGCUUGUCGACCCCAAGGCGUCUGCGGUCUACGCGCAGGUUGUUUACAAGUCUUCCCCCCUAAUCAUCUCAGAUGUGACUAUCACGUCUGUGGAUGAGCUGCAGACUAUUCAGGAGCAAAGCAAAACUAGCGCCAUCCAGAGUGCGGCAAAGAAGAACCUCGCGCGCGUUGUGCGUGUUAGCCUUGGAGAAUCGAUAUUCUUCGUUCUUUCAAUUUCGCACGCUUUGUACGACGGUUGGUCUCUUGGACUCCUUCAUCAAGACUUGAGGGCCCUUUAUUACGACGAACCCGUGUCCAGACCAUCUCCAGACCAGUUCUUGUUCAAGUCUUGCACCUCCAUCGCCUCUGAAGCCCAAGGUUUCUGGUCAAACUAUCUCGAAGGGGCGCGGCCAACAAUCGUCCCCCCAGCAGAGCCGGACUCGUCCAGUGUCGUAAAAGUCGAGGCUGAUUCUUCGAUUAAAUUGGGCGAAAUUGGCCAGUUCUGUCGAGAACAAAAGAUCAGCCUCCAAUCGCUGUGCCAAGCCUGCUGGGCCGUCAUCCUCGCGCGCAAAACGCGCUCGCUCGAUGUUAUCUUUGGCUCCAUCCUUUCGGGCCGUGACUUUGAAGGGGCCGAGGACCUCCUUUUCCCAACCAUGAACACCGUCGCCGUCAGGAGUAUUUUGCACGGAUCCAUUUCUUCGUUCCUGCGAUACAUGGAGGACAAUCUCGGCGAGCUGCGGUCCUAUCAGACGUUUCCUCUGCGCACGGCCUUGAAGGCCGCCAAGGUGGCGGCUGGGAAAGACUUGUUUAAUUCUUUAUUCCUGUUGCAAAAGACCCCUGGCGAAAGCGCUUCGGAGUCUCUUUUCCAGUCUCUGGAAGGAUCAUCAGGCGUGGACUAUCCCGUGUGCGUGGAAGCGGCAACGAGAGGGGAUGUUUUGGAGUGGACGGUAGCCUGCCAGGGACAGUCGAAGGACGGGAAAUUCCCGCAGGACUUGGUUUCGGAGCUGGAUUCUGCCCUUGAGUUUAUCUUGCGUCAUGCGGAUGAAGACGUGGUUAAAUUCUCCGACACUGGCGCCCAAAUCUGCGGAUCCCAGCCCAUCACCCUGGCUGACGAUGAUAAUGAAAGUCUGCAGGUUGGAAAGAAUACAUCGCAUGAGUGGAACACGACGUGUCUAGCCAUAAGGGAGGUCUUGAGUCAAGUUUCAAACAUCCCAGAAGAUGCAAUCGAUGCUUCCAGCACGCUUUACCAUCUCGGUUUGGACUCCAUCACCGCCAUCAAGGUGUCCACGCUAUUGAAGCAGAGAGGAAUCUUUCUUCGACCGACAGCUUUGGUGCGCUCUACCAGCAUCGCGCACAUGGCUGAGCAGGCAAACACACCGCCUGAACCCGAGAUAUCCGCGACGGAGCCGAGCUGGCAGUCCUGGAAGGCACCGAAAUCAGUCAACGUCAACGGGCUCUUGGGUGACGCUGGCAUUGGAAAGGAACAGGUCGAGGAGGUCCUGCCCGCGCUGCCCAUGCAAGUGUACAUGAUGAGUACGUGGCAAAAUACUGGCGGCCAGAUAUUCUACCCGGAGUUUACCUACCGGCUUUCCGGGUCACACGCCGUAUCGAAGAUUUACGAUGCCUGGGCACGCGUGGUAAAGAAGGUUCCAAUGCUUCGCACAUGUCUCCUCGCCACCGGACAGGAAGACCUACCUUUUAUUCAAGUUCUUCUCAAACCUGGUCUAUCAUCCACUGGCGCACAGCCAUUUGCUCACCCCGAGGUUGACCGGGCCCUUGACUCGUCGGAGACGAUUCUACGGCUACGAAUUCAUCACGCGCUCUACGACGGAGUCAGUCUGCCUGCCAUCAUGGACACUCUUGUUGAUCAUAUCAAAGGAAUUCUAUCCAGCGGCGCGUCAACAUCGAUUGACCAAUGGGCAAACCUGGCAACUUCUAGAGAGGGCAAAGAUAGUGCGGACUCGAGAAGGGCAUUCUGGACCAAGUAUCUCGACGGACACAAAACCUUUCCGGAUGGGACUGACAUGACCGGGCCGCGGACAUCCCUUUUCAAAGAAGGAGCCUGUUCCAACAUUACCGCACUUGGAGACCUUGCUGCCAAGAACGGCAUCGGCCUGCAGUCCCUCAUCCUCGCCGCCUAUGCACGAUCCAUCAUCCCUCGCCAGAAGUCCUCCCCCGACAGCGUCGUGCUCGGCAUCUACCUCGCGAACCGCUCCGACGAGCGUAUCCCGGACAUCCUGCCCACGCUGAAUCUAGUCCCGCUCCGCAUCGCCAUACACGAGCGUGACAGCCUUGCAGAGUCAGCACGGCGCAUACACGAAGACAUCAGACGAAUCGCGGCCGACGGCCAGGCGGCGCAGGUCGGCCUGUGGGAGGUGGCGCGCUGGACGGGCGUCACGGUCGACAGAUUUGUCAACUUCUUGACGCUCCCUGGCGCUGGUUCCGGAAAGGAGAACGGAUUCGCUGCGUCUGGGGAUACUACCACUUCCUUGGAGCUCUUGCUGAGCGAAGGCAUGGAAGCUCACGGCGAUAUUUACGACGCGUCUGUUGCCGGGAAUGCAGUCCGUCACGCCUAUCCCGACUCUGUGGACGUCGAGUUCGCGGUACGAAAUGGCCGCCUCGACAUGGGCGUCUUUGGCCCGCGCGGGCUCGUCACCGACGAGGAAGCGCACGAGUUGGUGGAUGAUGUGGUGCGGAGAUUGAACAUUGUCAUUUAA